AUGUACCUGGGUAGCCCGAGUAUUGUCUGUGUGGGAAAUACUGACGCGAGUGCAGCGCUGGAGAAGAAUCCAUAUCUGGAUGGAUCUGAGGAGGCAAGAAAGAUUCUGCAAAAAAUUGUCUCUGGAGAGAUCUACAAGUUUGUUGGUGAGAGAAAGCCAGAGGAGACCAUCAAGGAUUGGAAAAGCCAGAUUUCUGGCUGGAAAGAAGGAUUGGCUCAACCCCUCCCUGACGAGGAAGAAAACAACCUGAAACCAGAGGACUUUGAAAUCCUGGUCAUUAACAAGGACUACGGCAUGAAAGACGAGAACAGGAAAAAUGAAUCCAGGAUUCGCACAUUGAUCUUUUCUGAGCAGCUGAUCAGGGUCUUCUGUAAGGAGAUUGAUGACGAGAGUGUGGAGGCUGCCAAAAAGCACUUUAAACAGUGGCUAGAGAAGAAGCCAAAUCUGGUUGGACCUGAGGGUAAUUAGAGCGAUCCUCCUGAAGUUGACACCAAGGAACUUACCAAACAACAUAAAUAACACUGAAUAAUAUUUGCAUUCAGACCUAGCACUCAUGUUUUUCUCGCUUUUAUCAUAUACAUGCUGUAUCAUUCUUUUAAAUUGAUUGUUUAAAAAUCAGUUCCAACAACACACAACAUGUUUUUAUUCUGAGGACAAAGAUAAAUCAUAAUAUAUGAUACCACUCUGUACAAUUACGGGGCCUGCAGUCAAUAUGAAACAGUAUCAUUGGCCCAUUUAAUUCACUGUGUUACGCUUCUAUCGACUCACACAGAAAACCCAUUCAAAAUUUGAUACA